CCUGACCGUUAAUUUGCCCUACAUCUCAAAAGAUAGAUAAUAAAUUACUGUUGGGAUUUAUUCGAGUUACUGCUUGAUGCCACUCUAUAAACACUAUUAAUAUUACGGAUAGUCGUUUUUCAUGGUACACAUUUGAUAUUCAACCUAUAGGGGAAAUGUAACAAAUAUAACGGCGACAAGGCAGGUUUUCUUUUUUUCUACAUUCGUAUACCUACUAUUACUUUUAACAAUACAGGAACUCCUCAUCCAUUCACAUUUCUUUUCUACUCGUUGCGUUUUGUAGAAUUCCGACGCCUCUGGCUUAACGCUUUGUUGUUCUUUGCUCUUAUAACUUUUUCUUCUUUUUUUGUCAUUGCGUGUUUCACCUUUUAUAUCGACUGCACAAUAAUUAAGGUCAAUAUAUUUUUAUUCUCAAAAAAUCAUGUGGCUCCGCGACUUGAUCAAUUUCUCUGAAAAGAUAGCGCUCAUAGUGCACCACGCACUGCCAUUUCCAGGAUUUCUGAUUGUUAUAUUCUUAUCAUGGUACGAAACAGUGUACUGCCUGGCGCACCGGCUCUUUCCAAGUGAGACCCGCGCCGAGGAAACAAUCAAUCAAUACAUUCGCGAGCACCGCCUGUAUGACGAGCAGCCCAAGAAACCCCCAAAGCAAGGCAUCGGCUUUGAAACCGCCAGGGCAAUUGGUCUCGCUGGCUACACGACUAUCCUCGCGUGCCGAAACCUAAAACGCGGUCAGCAGGCGCAGCGGGAACUUCAGGAUGCCACAGGUCUUGACUCGUUUGUUGUUAUGGAGCUUGAUUUGAGCUCGUUCAUGUCCAUUGAGCGGUUCGCCAAGCAGUUCAUGGAUGAGUACAGCCAGCUUCACCUGCUUGUCUGUAACGCCGGUAUGGCCUUUAGCCACUACGAUACAACGUAUGACGGGCUGGAGUCUCAGUUUGGCACCAACUACGUUGACAUGAUGAAGAGAUCUGGCGGCGCUCGCAUCACCAUAGCCUCGUCAAUCUCCGCCUGCAUGAUUCGACAUAUUGAUUACUCGCGGGUAACUGACGUCUGGCGCUUCGACCGCCUGAUCAAUUACUCGACAAGCAAGCUUGCCCUGAUGGUCUACUCCAACGCCCUGGCCAGGCAGCUCAAAGAUACAGACGUCACAGUGAACGCAUUCCACCCGGGAUUCCUCUACCGCAACGUAGCCUUUUCCAUGCUGCCGGGAAUCCACGAGUUCCGCAACUGGCUUUGGCUUGACCAGAAAAAGGGCUCUGUCACCUCGAUAUACCUUGCCCUGUCGCCUGAGCUAUCUGGAAAGAGCAGCGGCUAUUAUGCGCGCCAACAGCCGGCGGUUAUGCACCCGGAUGCUUGCAACAUUAAAGUUCAGGACCGGCUUUGUCAGUUUACCGAGGUAUUGAUUGCCACAAACACACACUCUCAAUCGGUGCUGGACAGUAUCAACAGUUCGCGCAUUGUCCAAUAAAAGACCAAUAGGGUAAUUAUACGC